GUCAGCAGUCUCUGGUCAUCUCCUGUACUGUGUCCGCAGUCUCUGGUCAUCUCCUGUACUGUGUCCGCAGUCUCUGGUCAUCUCCUGUACUGUGUCCGCAGUCUCUGGUCAUCUCCUGUACUGUGUCCGCAGUCUCUGGUCAUCCCCUGUACUGUGUCCGCAGUCUCUGUCUCUGGUCAUCUCCUGUACUGUGUCCGCAGUCUCUGGUCAUCUCCUGCACUGUGUCCGCAGUCUCUGGUCAUCUCCUGCACUGUCCCCGCAGUCUCUGGUCAUCUCCUGUACUGUGUCCGCAGUCUCUGGUCAUCUCCUGUACUAUGUCCGCAGUCUCUGGUCAUCCCCUGCACUAUGUCCGCAGUCUCUGGUCAUCUCCUGUACUAUGUCCGCAGUCUCUGGACAUCUCCUGUACUGUGUCUGCAGUCUCUGGUCAUCUCCUGUACUGUGUCUGCAGUCUCUGGUCAUCUCCUGUACUGUGUCCGCAGUCUCUGGUCAUCUCCUGUACUGUGUCCGCAGUCUCUGGUCAUCUCCUGUACUGUGUCCGCAGUCUCUGGUCAUCUCCUGUACUGUGUCCGCAGUCUCCGGUCAUCUCCUGUACUGUGUCCGCAGUCUCCGGUCAUCUCC